GAUAUCAUAUGCAUCGUCAAUCUCCAGCACAACUGUAUCGACUUACAAUGUACGGACACCCUCGAACAAAAUGUCCGUCAAGAACGGAUCGAAACAUCUCGGACAAAACCUACCAUUCGCCAUAAGUCCACUCCGCACUUUCUUGUCAAUGCCUACUCUCUUCAUAACUAUGCACAUAUCCACCUUGUCAUUCCCAAAACGCUU